GGCAGUGGGACUUGUGUGAAUGCUGCAAUGACUGUACUACAGCAGGUUCGGGACUGUGCUACUUCUCUGCCAGUGCAACCCCCACGGAUUUCUUCUGUAGCCUCCAAACCCCUCACUGUCCCCCUGAUAUCCCUCCCCAUACCCCUCUCUCUCUCAGGGAUAAGAGAUGGAGGAAAUAGAUCCCAAUGAACAAGGAAAAUUGAAGGUUUAUAAAAACCUCACCCAGACUGACAGGAGUGCGCCUGAGAUAUCAGGGGCUGUUUGGGGACAAUCCGUGUAACCAACAUGCAGAAAAUCUCUGUCAGAGACAGGGACAUUUACCCUGCAAGUGACUGUAUAAUCCCCGGGAUAUUUAUGGAAGUAGAUAUUAUUAAUAACUUUGCUUUUUGAGAAGCAGGAAACACAGAAUGAAAGCUCCCUAAUGCUGAACACGGAAAGUAAACGGUGGGUGUGGCUAAAUUGUGUCCAAUUAGAAAACGGUAUCAGAAUGAAAAUCAGCCAAUAAGCAGACAGAAAUAUUCUAUAUAAGAAGAAUUGAAACGCUCCAAUGUCGUAUUUAUCUUUUGAUAAGAAAUCAGUAGAAGAUUUGCAAUGGCUGAAGCAGCUGAGACGGCGCCUGCUCCUCCCCCGGCUGAACCCGCAGCCAAGAAGAAGAAACAGAGCAAGAAAGCAGCGGGGGCCACUAAAUCCAAGAAGCCAUCUGGGCCCAGUGUGUCCGAACUGAUAGUCAAAGCCGUAUCCGCUUCCAAGGAGCGCAGCGGGGUGUCCCUGGCAGCUCUGAAGAAGGCUCUGGCUGCAGGAGGUUACGAUGUGGAGAAGAAUAACAGCCGCCUCAAGCUGGCUCUCAAGGGCUUGGUCAGUAAGGAGACCCUUGUCCAAGUGAAAGGGAGCGGAGCCUCCGGGUCCUUCAAGCUCAACAAGAAGCAGCUGCAGAGUAAGGAGAAGGCGGCACCGGCAGCAGCCAAAGCCAAGAAACCGGCAGCAAAGAAGGCAGCCAAGUCCCCGAAGAAGCCCAAGAAGGUGUCCGCAGCCGCCAAGAGCCCAAAGAAGGUGGUGAAGAAAGCAGCAAAGGCCGCCAAGAGCCCAAAGAAGGUGGCGAAGAAAGCAGCAAAGGCCGCGAAGAGCCCCAUAAAGCCUAAAGCUGCCAAAGCCAAGAAAGUGGCCAAGAGCCCCGCAAAAAAGAGCGUGAAGCCCAAAGCUGCCAAAAGCCCCGCAAAGGCCAAAGCAGCCAAACCCAAAGUGGCUAAAGCAAAGAAAGCCGCCCCUAAGAAGAAAUAAGCUGGCUCACUGGCCAACUGCCCCAAAGGCUCUUUUAAGAGCCACCA